AUGGGAGGUCUAGCUAGCAGCAGCAACAGUGAAGAGGAAGAUGCAAACUGGAAAGCAGCCAUCGAAUCAAUAGCUGCAACUACCACUUUUGCUAUCAAAUUUUUUAGCAGUAAUUCUAAUGACUCAACGUCUCGUUCAGCACCCAGUACAGAAGAUUAUGCAGAGAACACCCAGAAUUCUCGAAAGCCCAAGCACUACCAAAUUAAGGCGCAAAAGCUUUUGGAUAACAUCUUGGAAACGACUCUAGAGAUGGUUAGAGAUCCCAUUCCUGCUUCAGAUAAUGAUCCAGAUGCAAACGACAUUGGAGUAAGGCUAUUUAAACAUUCUCCUGCUGGAAUAGUAUUUGACCAUCUAGAUGAAAUUCAAGGCCCCAGAAAAAGACCACGAAUCCUACCGGGACAAGAUAUUGAUGAAAAAUCAAAGAAGUUUAGGCAUCAAAUCCGAUCCGUUGCUGUUGAUGGGGCAGGCAUAAUUUCUGCAGCAAGGGAUGCAGAGCAAAAAUCAUUAGCUAGAUUAGAAGCUAAGGAAGCAGCAGCAAAAGCAAAAGCCAAAAAGGAGGAAGAAAGAGUUGCAGAAUUGAAACGGAUCAGGGGGAGAGAUGGCUACCUUCUAUUGCCCGGGAGAUGA